GGUCGUUCUACCGAAACAUGUGCUAUGUGCUGGGGAAGUAGUUCUGUCGGAGACGGAAGGGAGAUAAGAACAUCAGAAACAUCAUCACUCUUUGCUCUGUGAUCGCUCAAUUCUUGUUCUUCAACUUUACCUGAUUUCAUUGGUGAGAGUGAAGCAGAAGCUUGGGUUCUUCUGGCUUAGAUGGGUUUCGGGACGCUGAGUUUAUCAAGAACAGUUCGAUUUGAGGCGACAAGUUUCAAUGGUUUGCCCCCGCCUCGGCCCCCUAAGUCGUUGCCUCAUUUGUCACUCACAAAGCCAUCCUGGGUCGUGAGGACGGAGUCUAAUGUUCGGAAGAAGAGAAGAAAGACGCCGGAUCCCCCGUGUGUGGUGUGUGAGGGGAGUGGACGAGUUGAUUGUCACGAAUGUUGUGGAAGAGGAAGGACAAACCUGGUUCAUUUGGAAAUGCUCCCAAAUGGUGAAUGGCCAAAAUGGUGUAGGACUUGUGGUGGAAGUGGUCUUAGUUACUGCUCUCGUUGCCUUGGUACUGGAGAAUAUAGGUAUAUUAUGGGCUUCCAUUUCAUGAAAAGGGAAAACAAUGAAUCCCAGGAAAACAAGUCUUAGUUUUUUUUUCCUAGGUGAUGAUAUUAGGUUUGAGGUCAUAUUGUCAUAAUGUCAUGGUACAGCAGCUUUACCUGUAAUUGCUGAAUAAUUAGUCUUAACUCUUAAUCAUUUUAUGGAAAUCCUCCAUUUUACUAGAUUCAUUUCAACUCCUA